AUGGGACCGAAAUUAUACCAUGUCAUAUUUUGGUUGGCUCUAACGUUACCAAACUCAAGCCAAUACCUGGACCACGAGCUGAUGCCAAAAGAAUUGCCUAGAGGAUGGAAGGAUAGGACAAGCAGCACAUUGGAACCAUGGUCGCGGUGCAAGAAGAUCAAACCCACGCCUAGAGACGUUGUCAGGCGGAUCUGUGCCGUAAUACCGUAUUUUGACCGCGAGCACCGAAAUGCUGCGCUCCUCCAACGAUACCGGGUCACAAUCAACAGGUUAUCAGAAAGCAUGGAUUCGGUGGACCGCGAGGUGUCCUUCUACGCGGCACUGGUCACGCCUAUUGUGUUCUUACAGCGUUAUAGGGACGCUAAAUGCUUGCUAGAACGGCUCCAGCUGUCAUUUGAAGAGUUUCACACAUACCCUCCCCACGAAAAAAGGAUGGCCUUGAAGAAUCUCCAGGGUCUACGCGAUAUUAGCCACAGGAUCCUGCAGUUCGUCAGCAGCGUGCCCGACAAGAGACCCCCGACCCGCACGCCCGCGCCCGACCUCCUGGACGGCGAGGACACGGGCCCAGGGGACAAACAGGACCUCCGCUUCUUCAAGGAAUUAAUCAAAAACCUUGGAUAAAUAAAUGCUUUAAGAGCGGGAGCUCGCCCGCAAAAUUGCAGUUUUUAUUUUGAAUUUUUACAAGUUUUAACGAAGGGCAAAUGCAAUGAAGAAAUUCAUAUAGAAACUAGACUAUAUUUUCUAGGCUAUAGACUGCAAGUAAAACCUUAAAAGGUUAAAGUUGGCUUGAUAGAAAUAAAAUUACGAAAUCAUGUCUAAUUUUCAUUUAUUUUCAAUUGUAUAUCAUUACUCUGCAUUCCAUAGCAGUAUAAUUUUAGUAUAAAAUAGCUAGUAAUACCCAUAGCCGAGGGUUUUGUGUGACGAAAUAUAAUCAGAAGUAUAAUUUCAAAGUUAUUAAGGAAAAACGUUAAAACCCGCGCGAUCGUCAAAUCUUCCGUCGGAUGUUUCGCACGACACUCGUAUUUUUUAUUCCUUUCUAUAUGUUAAUAACAUAUCCUUAUAAGCUCCUUACUUGACGUAGCACUUGGCACGUAAACUUAGCGUGGUCCGAUUUUACAACUUUUAUUUGUAAAAAUGUGUCGCUUAACUUCAAACCCGGGUAAAUCCAUUCGGCCCUCUCAACAAAUAUCUAUCCUAUUACCUUUUCUAAAUACCAUAAUCGCAUAAUCUGACAUCACAUAUAUUAUGGAUUUACCCGAGUAUGAAGUUAAUAAGCGACUCAAAUG